GGUUCUUUUUUCUAAUAUAUAUGGGCAUCUCCUUUGGUUCCUACUUUUACUCUUCAGAGGGUUUGCUUCCAUAAACCAACUUCUUCACCACCCCCAGUCCCCACAACGUAGAGAGAGAGAGAGAUGAUGAUGAUGAACGUCGUGGUGGCUCUGUUUCUAGUUCUGAGCUCACUCGUAGUAACAGCAGAGCCAGAGGCAAGGUGGACAGAGCAUAGUAGGCGCCAUAGCAGAGCAAACCCACCACCACCCGAAGACGCCAUGGGAGAGAAUUCGGCAGACAAGGUCAAGCAGGUCUUGGAGAGAACCAGAGACGUCAGAGAACACGCCAAGGAGGCCGUUUCCAAGGCUUUCGGCAAAGCGAAAGAUUUCGUCCCGCGUACUGGAACCGGCGAGGUUUCGAACAAGGCGAAAGAUGCCGUAAGGGCCGCGUGCCGGAGCUCCUAUGACUUCGGCCAGACUGCGGCCGCCGUUGGCAGCGCUGUUGCGGAGAAAGUCGGAACGACUAUGAACCAGUACGUGCCCGACGAGCGAGGCCGAGCAAAGAUCGGCCAGUUCGCGACUAGCUUCGUCAGAAACGCUGCCGUCUAUGGCUUACCCGAGGUCCUCAGAUAUUGGGUCCCUGGUGGAGUUCCUGUUUACUACAUUGCUUCACGAUCCCUUCGCGAUGUGAAAACCGAGGAUUAUGAAGAAGCGAAGACGAAAACCGAGCAUUAUAAAGAAGAAUUGAACAGAUUGCGAGCAGAGGUCGACAAACUAGAGAGAAAAUUGAGCGGUGGUCAGAAUAUCCGAGACGAUGUUAAAUUCGAGAGAGAAUCCAGUGUCGGUGAGAAUAACCAGGCCGAUGCUAAAUUCGAAUCUGGAGCUGCGUCAUGCUUGAAUUCAAAUGCGCACCUGAAGGCAGACGAUACAAUCAGAACGUGUAUGAUGAAGGAAUUUAGCGGAAUGUGUUAUGACGAAGGAAUUUAGUGGAAGAUAAUAUGUUUGACGAUCCGGUGGCCGGUCCCGGGGGUUAAGAAAUCAAGAAAAGAACUGUCAACAUCGGUAUGGAAGUAUCAUAUUCGACUUGGAUUAUUAGUACGAACUCUCUGUUACAUAUCAAGAUCCUCCUCUUA